UGGUGACAUGGUUGCUUUAUGUACCCUUGGACACCCUUCUGACCUGUGUACUCGGCGCGUGUGUGUGUGCGUCCAUAUGGUCUCCUGACGUCUCAAGUCUGUAAUCUCAUUCUGUCAGAAGCAGUUUAACACACGCAGCCAGUUGUGCAUUUCUGCUGAGCAUCGCUCACACAACCUUACAACAAACACACACACUGCUGUAAUACAGACUUGAAAUCCAGACCUGAAAUCAUGGAGGUUGUUGCAUGUUCCAUGGGCAGCAGCACUAGCAGUCUCUACAGUGCCCUGGCUAAGACCUUCAGCAGACCUGCUCUCCCUCACCCGUGUGACUCCACUUACAAUCCAGGUAACGAUCUGGAUCAAGACCCAGCGGACCCUUUGGAGCUGCUGCGGGAAUGUAGAGAGGUUUUGAGAAACCGGCCAGCCCAGCUGCAGAGAGCUUUCGUUCAGACCGGGCAUGGAGACGCCAGGCAGACGAUCAGAGUUAUGCAGUGGAAUGUACUUGCACAAGCAUUAGGUGAAGGCAUGGACAGUUUUGUGCAGUGCCCCAUGGAUGCUCUGAACUGGGCUGAAAGGAAGUAUCUGAUCCUGCAGGAGAUCCUAAGCUACAGACCUGACAUCAUUUGCCUACAGGAAGUUGAUCACUACUUUGACAUGUUUCAGCCUGUCCUGGCAAGUUUGGGCUACCAGAGCAGUUUCUGCCCCAAACCGUGGUCUCCAUGUCUGGAUGUGGAGAACAACAACGGCCCAGACGGUUGUGCUCUGUUCUUCAAUCACAAAUGCUUCCAGUCACUAAACACAACACACUUACGACUGUCCGCCAUGAUGUUGAAGACCAAUCAGGUGGCGAUCAUCACCGCUCUACGCUGCCGAGCAACAGAACGUGCGUUUUGUGUCGCGGUGACGCACCUGAAGGCACGGAGUGGUUGGGAGGUCCUACGCAGCGCGCAGGGCUCGGAUCUGCUACGGAGCCUACGAAACGUUGCACAGAGCAUCGAGACCGAAGAAAAUACAGAUACCGACGUUCCUCUGAUCGUAUGUGGCGAUUUUAAUGCCGAGUCGUCAGAAGACGUCUAUAGGAAUUUCGCAACAUCUAGUCUGGGAUUGGACAGUGCGUAUAAGCAUUUGAGUGCAGAUGGGAAAACCGAGCCUCCUUACACAACGUGGAAGAUCCGGCCCAGUGGCGAGAGCUGCCACACGCUGGAUUACGUGUGGUAUUCGCACAGAGCGUUUGAUGUUAAUGCAGUUCUGGACUUUCCUACAGCCGAACAAAUUGGACCCAAUAGGCUUCCUUCCUAUAACUACCCUUCAGAUCACCUCUCCCUCGUCUGUGACUUCAGCUUCAAGGAUCCGGCGCUUGUUUCCCAGUAAUUACGGACGUGCUAGUUAUUUUGCAGUCGAGACUUGUGUUGGCACAGCGUUUCUAAAUAUUUUGCAUUGUUCAUGACUAAUUAACGAUUCAGUCAGUAUAUUCCGAAAGGGACACAAAAACGAAAAUGCUGUCUUCAUUUGCUCACGUUUCGCUUUCUUUAGAUUUAUUUUCAUUUUCAAAGACUACAGCACAAUAAAACCUUCACGAAGCAUAAAAAUCACUGUCAAAGUGGUCUGUACAGUACAAAGUAAGUUUGUUCAUACAAUACGAUAGCUUUGUGUGAAAUCUUCUAUUCCAUUUUUGCUCAAACUGCAAUCAAAAGUGUUGCCUCAAGACUUGUCAUAUCAGGUUUGACAUUAAUAGAGACUUUAAGAGCUGCAAGAAGUAACUUAAAUAUCAGUCUGUUGCUCACACAAAGUUAUGGCAUGGCUUCAGAAAUAUAAUCAUACUAGAGCUGCACGAUUAAUCGUUAAAAGAUCGCGAUCUCGAUUCAAACACCCACGCAAUCCCAUUUUUAAAUGACAGCAAUUCACCCGUAUCUAUUAAACCUUUGAAAUAAUCAUACUGGAUCAUUCAAAUCUGUGUGAUUUAAAUCUUGACUGCAGAGCAAUAAUAUUUUGUCAUACAUUAUUUUGUUUAGUUCAGAAUCGUGGGAGGAUCGUGAACUAUUUGAGACUAAAAAAAAAAAAUCGUGGUUCUCAGUUGAUCCAGAAUCUUGCAGCUCUAAAUCAUACUAUAGUCAUGUGGACUAUUUCUGUGGAGCUCACCAGUGUAAAAUUGUUGUUUUAUGGAAAAGAGCAGCUUGGACAUUAGCUAAAAUAUCUCCUUUUGUGUUCCACAGAGGAAAGUAAGUCAUAAAGGUUUGGAAAGACAUAAGGGUGAGUAAAUGAUAGCACAAUAUUCAGUUUUGUGUGAUAUUAUUCCUUUAAGCUCUUACUAUGUUCCUGACUUUGAGAAUGUCGGUUUAAAAGCAAAAUGUUUCAUUUAUUUUAUUCCUAAUAUAUGACUAAAAAAAAAAUCACGCUGGAAAUAUUUUUUGGUCUUAUUGUUGGCAAUGUCAUGACAGUGUGCACAAAUAAAACUGUUGCAUUGUGGUAUUUCAUAUUGACGAAAAUAAAGUAUGUUUGGGAGGGUA